AUAUCACAGAGUAGAUUAAAUAUAAUUCAAAUAGUUUUUAUCCAUAUUUCAAUUACCUUUUUUAUUCUUUAUCUCAACUGGUUUGUUGUAUAAAAAUAGAGCUUAACAUAGAUUUGCAUAAAUUUGCAAAAUAAUAUGAUAUUACCAUAAAGUGUAGAAAAUAGUGCAGGUGCUUCAAGUAAAAAAAGGGAUAACUAAUAUCUUAGUAAAAAAGAAAUGAAUGAACAAACUAGUCAAAGAUGCAAAAUAUCUUCUAAGCAAGAGACGUGCAGUUUAACUGUGAAUACCCAGAGGGAACGACAUAGUCUUAUAACAUAAAUCUUCAGUGAAAAUCAGAUUCAUUCAACUAAAAGUAACAAUGUUCCAACGUCGCUAUCUCUUUUUUUAUCAAUUAUAUCUCUUGCCGUGCUGAUAAGAUAAACAACAGAGAAGUUUUAUGUGUUGAAUUAACAGCAUUUAUCAGUUACAUGCUGAUUCUCCAGCAAUACCCAUCAUGGUCCGCGAUCGACUGCCGGAAUUACGUGCCUAUCAAAAUAAUAGCACUACAUUUGGUAAAGGAUUUUUGCAAGAUGUACACAUUCAAAUGUCGCAAAACAAAAAACUGCGAGAAGUAUUAGAUGAAGUCGAGGAAGUUCGAAGUCUGAUACAACUCGUCGCUGAGAAUAUCACGAUCGUGAAGGAUUUAUAUAAUAACGUUUUGUCGUACACCAAUAAAGAUUUAAAAAAAGAACUGGACAGUAGAACGUAUGCCAUUUCGCAGACAUCGUUUCGCAUACAACGAAAAUUGAGAGGUAGGUAAUAUUUAGAC